AUACAGUAGUCCUUGGAUUUCUCUACCACACAUCCACACAGCAGCUCUUCUUGACCAACUGACGGGAAAAGGUGCUGUGAUCCCCUUUUGCUGUUAUAUUUGUCAACCAAGGACUACUUCAUUUACCUUCUGGAUAGUGCUUUGUUGGACAAAAAGAGAAUGAAGACUAUUAUCAUUACAUUUACUUUUUGCCUUAUUGGUGCCAUCUUUGCAAACCCGAUUUCAUUCAACAUCGUUCUGGAAUCAAAUGAGCUUGAUUCAAACUCGACGGAGAGUUUGUCGGUUUCACAAUCGUCUGAAAAUAACACAUCAGAGAUUCAGAGCUCAGAGGAAAAUAGCUCAAAUCAAAGUUCAGAGUCUGAAUCAUUAGAGGACACAUCAGAAGACAAGACUUCAGAAGAGAGUGACAGCGAGUCAGAGGAAGAGACAGAGUUCAUGACAGAAACCAGAGACGACACCAUGGGCAGCGAGGAGAAUGUUAGGAAGAGUUGGGUUCGAGUGUUUCCAAAGGUUGUCCAAAACCUGAGUGCAGACGACAACAGCAGUACAGAGGUCAAAGGUCAGUCAGAAGAACAUCUGAGGAUCCAGACCCCUACCGUUACGACUCUUAAACAGAAGGCCAACACAAAACUGGCUCUGGUGGAGAACUCUGUCGACAGCAGUGAGAGCACCAGUGACAGCACAGACACCAGCGACAGCACCGCAAUCACAGCUGCCACCGCUGACAGCAGUGAGAGCACCAGCAGCGAAAGCAACGAGACCAGUGAGACCAGUGAAACCAGUGACAGUAGUGACAGCAGUGACAGUACUGACAGCAGCGACACCAGCGAGAGCACAGAGGACAGUAAUGGCAGUGACAGCACAGAGCUGCAGCAGAUCAAACACCAGAACUGUGUGAACGGCACUCAGAGCUGUGAAAGUGAAGAGUACUUCUUCCAGGACAUUGGAGAUGAUGGACAUCACUCAGUGGACAAUCUGAUGGUACCAGAUGAAGAUGAGAGGGAGUUAAGCCUCAGGAGAUGAUGACACACUCCUGAAACCUGUUUUCUUCCACUGUACAACACAACACCAUAACAUGACAGCCUGGAGACUUCAGGAUGUCACAUUUGCUCUGGUUAUUGCUUCUGAAUGUUGAUUUUGACACGCUAAUAUUAGCUGUAGCUAACUACUUUUUUAUGAGGUUUAUAAUUGUGAAAUUACUCCAAAGCAUUCUAUUUGUUUUGAUAAUUAUAAAUAAAUAAUAUAAGCGUACUUGUG